AUGUUGCCUGAUUUUUGUGAUGGACAACAUUCUGUUGAGAAUACUUUCUACAGGACAAUUGCAGCGUUGUCAGCUCACCGUUACUGGAAAAUUUCUCGCCCAGUAUCCGCUCGUUCAAACGACACAAUUUUUAGAGCAAGAGUCUUGUUAGCGAUUUUGUUUUUGGUAAUUGUUGCCUACAGGAUUCCAUCAUUUGUAGUUGAAUUGCAAUGGAAGUGGAAUCCUAUUGUAAAAAUACAAAAAAGGCCUGAAAAAACUGAGACUUUAUCACCAUACAGAAUAGUUUUCUAUUCUAUUCUCGAUCCAAUUUUAUCACAUUUUCUCCCUUUUGGACAAAUGUUUAUCUUUUCUGUUCUUACACUUUUUGAAAUUAUGAAGCGUCAACGACGGCAAAGAUUAUCUCUUUCUUCACAAGUAGGAUUGUGUAGACUGCGAAGACAAUCUUCCGAAUCGUCCCAAAAAAUAAAAGCAAACAAUUGCGGCAAUCAAGGCUUUAAAAAUAUAGAGGGGAAUUGCAUUGCUGGGCGACAGAAACAAGGUAAAAAUUAUGCACAUAAUUUCCGGAAAAGUUGA